UUUUUUGUGAAAGAAGAACUCGAUAAAGAAGAAGAAGAAAGAGGAAAAAAAGAAAAAGAGAAGGAGGAUCGCGCCCCCACGACAUCCCCCCAAACCAGUGCAGCUCUCCAGGCGAUGCCAGUGUAAAUGCCAGGGCAAUGUCCCGUCGCAAGCAGGGAAACCCGCAGCACUUGUCACAAAGAGAGAUUAUCACACCAGAGGCUGACCAUGUGGAACCGGCACUCGCCGACGAGGAUGAGAGUCUGGCAAUAGCAGAGCCAGGUGGCAUCAGCAUCACCACAGGUGGGACAGACCCUGACUUGUUAACCUGUGGACAAUGUCAGAUGAACUUCCCGCUGGGAGACAUCUUGGUUUUUAUAGAGCACAAGAGAAAACAGUGCAAUGGCACUGGUGGUGCCUGCUAUGAAAAGAGCAUGGACAAGAGCAGCCCUCCCCCUUCCUCACGUGCCGAGCUCAGGAAAGUGUCAGAGCCAGUGGAAAUCGGGAUCCAAGUCACACCCGAUGAAGAAGACCGUCUUCUCACGCCUACAAAAGGAAUUUGCCCCAAGCAGGAGAACAUUGCAGGGCCGUCCAGGCCUGCAAACCUGCCGGGGGCUCCCAUAGCUGCCUCCUCCCACCCUCACACAUCCGUGAUAACGUCACCUCUCCGCGCACUGGCCUCCCUCCCGCCCUGCCUUAGCCUGCCCUGCUGUGGUGCACGUGCAGUCUCAGUUGGCGGGACUCAGACUGAGAUUCAGACUGAGACGUCAGGCACAUUUGGAUGUCAUUGUCAGUUGUCAGGUAAAGAUGAGCCUUCAAGCUAUAUUUGCACAACAUGCAAGCAGCCUUUUAAUAGCGCUUGGUUCUUGCUUCAGCAUGCCCAGAACACACAUGGAUUCCGCAUCUACCUGGAAACAAGCCCUUCAAACAGUUCCCUCACUCCACGGAUCACCAUCCCUCCUCCUCUGGGACCGGAGACUGUUGCACAGUCCCCACUGAUGAAUUUCCUUGGAGACAACAACCCUUUCAAUCUUUUGCGGAUGACAGGACCCAUCUUGCGUGAACAUCCUGGCUUUGGUGAGGGUCGGCUCCCAAACACACCUCCGCUGUUUAGCCCACCGCCUCGUCAUCAUCUGGAUCCACACCGCCUUAGUGCCGAAGAAAUGGGGUUAGUUGCCCAGCAUCCCAGUGCCUUUGACAGAGUUAUGCGUUUAAACCCCAUGGCAAUUGAGUCUCCAGCGAUGGAUUUCUCCAGAAGGCUUCGAGAGCUGGCAGGAAACAGUUCCACCCCUCCGCCAGUCUCACCCAGUCGCACCAACCCUAUGCAUCGCCUGUUGAAUCCUUUCCAGCCGAGUCCUAAAUCACCUUUUUUGAGCACCCCACCACUGCCCCCCAUGCCCCCCAGCAGCACUACGCCUCCCCAGCCUCAGGCCAAGAGCAAGUCCUGUGAAUUUUGUGGGAAAACAUUCAAGUUCCAGAGUAACCUUAUUGUGCACCGGCGCAGUCACACAGGAGAAAAGCCCUACAAGUGUCAGCUCUGCGACCAUGCUUGCUCCCAGGCUAGCAAGCUAAAACGCCACAUGAAAACACAUAUGCAUAAAGCUGGCUCCAUGACAGGCAGGUCAGAUGAUGGACUGUCCACUACUAGUUCUCCUGAGCCAGGCACAAGCGAGCUCACUGGAGAGGGACUGAAAUCCAGUGAGGCAGAUUUCAGGAAUGAGAGUGAUCCUUCCCUGGGCCAUGACAAUGAGGAAGAAGAAGAGGAGGAGGAGGAGGAAGAGGAGCUUGAAAAUGAGAGCCGGCCAGAAUCAAGCUUCAGUAUGGACUCGGAGCUGAGUCGUAACAGAGAAAACGGCUCCAAGUCUCUGCCAGACGAGAAAUCCCUCGUCCUGGGAAAAGUAAUUGAGAAUGUAAGUCUAGGUGCCAUCCAGCAAUAUAAUGACAUGCUAGCUGAAAAACAGAAGAGGAGUAGCUUCAUGAAAAGGUCUUCUGACCAGCGAGACUUGUGUCCUCGAGACCUUUGUCAGAGAGAUCCAGGUGACGAAGACUCAGUGGUAGGGGAGCUGGACCGCACUGAGGAAGGGACAGUCAACGGAAGAAACUUUGGCCCAGGUGAACCCUUCCCAAACUUGUUCCCUCGCAAGCCAACGCCUAUCACGAGCCCCAGUUUAAACAAUUCCUCUAAAAGAAUAAAGGUAGAGAAAGAUUUGGACUUGCCACCAGCGACGAUAAUACCUUCCGAAAACGUUUACUCCCAGUGGCUGGUAGGGUAUGCAGCAUCGCGGCACUUCAUGAAGGAUCCGUUCCUCGGAUUCACAGACUCCCGACAAUCCCCCUUUGCAACCUCUUCCGAACACUCGUCGGAGAAUGGGAGUCUGCGUUUCUCCACCCCGCCGGGGGACAUGCUGGACGGGGGUCUCUCAGGGCGCAGCGGCACGGCAAGUGGAGGCAGCACUCCCCAUAUCAGUGGUCCCGGACCUGGGCGACCCAGUUCGAAGGAAGGGCGCAGGAGUGAUACAUGUGAGUACUGUGGCAAGGUCUUUAAGAACUGCAGCAAUUUGACGGUGCACCGUCGGAGCCACACUGGAGAGCGGCCUUACAAAUGUGAGCUCUGCAACUAUGCAUGUGCCCAGAGCAGUAAGCUGACGCGCCAUAUGAAAACGCAUGGCCAGAUAGGGAAGGAGGUAUACCGCUGCGACAUUUGCCAGAUGCCCUUCAGUGUUUACAGCACCCUGGAGAAACACAUGAAAAAGUGGCAUGGAGAACAUUUGCUGACAAAUGACGUCAAAAUUGAGCAGGCAGAAAGAAGCUAAACCCCCCCCUCUCUCCCCCACCCCCGCUAGGUUAAAUUUCAGGGGUCUAGGUAACAUUUUAUUUGUACAGUUUAACUAUUGCCAACUGAGAAAAGAUGACCUAACUUGCCUCCGUAAACAUAACUUAGCAUAACUAUGGUAGGUGCCAGACUUUGGCACUUAAAUAUAACCUGUGUCUACAAAGUUCUAUUAAACCCGAGGGUUGAUUAAGGCAGUAAAAAUUGUGGAGCCUUUUAACUGUGCAAUAAUUUCUGUAUUUAUUGGGUUUUUUGUAAUUUUUUUGGCAUGUGCAGGUACAUUUUUUUAUUCUUUCUGUUUAAAUUUCUUUUUAAAUUUUGUUGGGUAUCCCUUUUUAAUUUUACCCAGUCGUAGCCUGAGAUUACUUGCAUUGUAGGAGAGAAACAUAUCUUUAAAAUUAUAAUUUUUGGGCCGCUGCUUUGUUGAAAUUUAAACUAAGCGUGUGUAAUUUCUUGUGAAGAAGCCAGCAUUUGAACAGAAAUACCUUUUUCUUUUUAUUUUUCCUUACCUUUUCUUAAAUAACCUUGAAGAUUAGGGUGAACUAAAUUGUACAGCGGAUAACAAUCUUUAAAAUUAGCACUUUCUUUGGAAUUGGAUCGAGUAUGUAGCACUGACAAUGUUGCUGACGAUAGAGACCUUUUCUAGAUGGAUUUUGUCACUGAAGUUAUGGCAACAAAAAAGUCAUAGGUGCAGAAGGCAGCUACGUUAAAAAAACCCUUAACUCUGCAUUCUUAAUUGUGUAUUACUGUCAGAGAGUUUCUUCAUGUUAAAAGCUAUGGCAAGAUAACAAUGGCAUUUUGUCACUUUUUGGGGUUUCUUUCCUUCCCUCUUUCCCUCCUGCCACUCUUCAUGGAGACAGUAAAAAUACAUAUUGAGUAUUGUAAUAUUCUUUUCAAACGUUGGAGGAGCAAAAUGCCAUGUUUGUUUGCUGUCUUUUUAAUUUUUUUUCUUUUUUUCAGCCACAAAAUCAUAAAUUUAAGUUCAGGACUUCUACUUUAGUCCAGAUUUGCUGUAAUUAAAACAUUUACUAGAGGAUGGGAAGUGGGAAUUUCUCAAUGAAAAGCCUAAACUCAUAGGCAUGUGCUUUAUGAAAAGAAAUAUCAGAACUGUCUUAUAUGAUGUACAAUAAUGUUAUUAUAAGGAAGGGAAAAAUAAAUUCUAGUUGAUUUACUUGUCUUGGCAAGAUUCUGCUCCUGAUGAAAUUGGUAAGAGUUUUCCCCAUGACUUAAUUAGGAACGGAAUGGGACUGUAUUCGGAUAAAAGUAUUAUGACAGGAAAAAAAAGUAAAGAAAAUAAAAAUGCACUUGCUCUGCUUUCAAAUUCCAACAUUUUAAAAGCCUUUUAUGACUGAUAUUAUCAAACUGUGGACAAUUAUGGUUAUAGAUUUUAAUUACGUUGACCCGCACUUUAAAGCUUUUGUUUGUGGUAAAGAGAAAAAUGGCUUCUCAACAAGAAAUUACAUCAUAUUCUUCUACUUGGCCCAAAGGUGGGUUAAACUGUAAGGGAACAGCUGAGAUUAAGUGUCAGUGUUGCUAAGCAUGGCAUUCACAAUACUGGCACUAUAAAGAAAAAUAAAUAAAAAUAAUUUAUUGGACAGUUUUUCUACUGCCAUUCAAUUUGACGUGAGUGCCUUGAAAACUGAUCUUCCUAUUUGAGUCUCUUGAGACAAAUGCAAAACCUUUUUGUGAAAUGAAAGACUUUAAAAAAAAAAAAAAAGUAAAGCAAGAAAAGUACAUUCUUUAGGAAAAAAAAAAAAGAGCCACAUUUACUUAACAAAAACAAAACAAAACAAACAAACAAAAAAAAAACACAAAAAGAAAAACAAAAAAUUACUGGUUGAAGAUAGUGGACGUGAAAAUGCCAUAAGACCCAAUCAAAUGAAGAUAUAUACCCAGCACAACUUCGGACAUCCAUUAGCUGAAUUAUUCUCAGCCUUUUUUUUUUUUUCAGGACAACGCUGCUUAGGAAAUGGAAUGGAAAUGAUUUACUGCUGAAUUAAAACUCAAAUGACACAAAUUGCAAGUUGUUAUCAUUGAAUGAGAAAAACAAAAACAAAAAACAAUUCAGGAACAACGGCUAAUUUUUUUUAAAAGUUAAAUUUAGUGCACUCUGUCUUAAAAUACGUUUACAGUAUUGAAUACAUACAAGGGUAAAGAAAAAGAAAUUGUGUGUAUGUGUGUUUGAGCAAUCUUUUUUUUUUUCAAAGUUUGCUUAAUAGGUUAUUAAAAGAAAUGCCAUAAUGGCCAUGUGUAUAUUGUUUUCUUUUGGUGACGGGGUUUUAGUAUAUAUUAUAUAUAUUAAAAUUUCUUGAUUACUGUAAAAGUGGACCAGUAUUUGUAAUAAUGGAGAAUGCCUGGGCAUUUUACAAAACCAGAAAGAAAAAACAAAAAAAAUCCCCUUUCUUUUUUUCCUUGAAAAUGUUGCAGUAAAAUUUAAAUGGUGGGUCUAUAAAUUUGUUCUUGUCACUGUAACUGUAAAGUCUUGAGUUUUAGUAAAUUUUUUUCUGCCUUGGGUGUUGAAUUUUUAUUUCGAAAAAUGUAUAGAAUCUCGUAUUCGGGGAUUUAAAGGUGAUUGCUACACCAUGUAGAAAAAGUAUGUAGAAAAAAGUGCUUAAUAUUGUUAUUGCUUUGCAGGAGAAAAAAAAAAUCACGUUUCUGACCUGUACCUAUUUUUGUCUUUUUUUCUCUCCUUCCCCCUUUCCCUUCCCCUUCUGGAAUGGAUAUUGAUAUUGGUUGAUUCAUAUGAUGUAGGCACUUGCUGUAUUUUUACUGAAGCUUGUAAUUUUUUAACUGUACGCUUGUCCUUUUAAAGGGAUUUAAUGUACCUUUUUGUUAGUGAAUUUGGAAAUAAAAAUAAAAACAAACAAACAGGCUGCCAUAAUAUAUUUUUUUAAUUUGGCAGGAUAAAAUAUUGCAAAAAUAAAAAAAAAAAUUUGUAAGUGAAGUCCUUAUUGUACAGGAAAAAAAGGGGGUUGUUAGACGACCUUUGAGUAAAAGAAACAAAACAAAAUAAUUAAGCGCUUUUUUAUUUUUACUUUUUUUGUUCUUGUUGUUCACAAAUAAUUUUAGUUGUAUAUAUAUUUUUUUUUGUCAGAAAUGGCCUACAAAAAAGUGCUGUUCCCACAGGGCUCUAAAUAAUGUCAAAGUUGCCUGGACCCCUUGCAUCAAGGUUUUACCAGGUAUGGUUGAACCAGGCCGGAUGAUUAUUGCCUAUUUGUGUGAAAUUAAAUUCCGUUCCUGGAAAGGUGUCUGGGGUGACAUCCCACAGCUUCCCUGCAGAUUUGGGAGAGAGAGAGAG